AUUCCACGCGAGAAGACGCGAAAAAGAGUGUUCUGAAAAAGAGAUUUUCUGUGAAAAAUAAUGGUACUCAGUGGUGUCUAGUGCUUGCUCUGAGUGGACAAGGGAAUUUGCAUGAGAUUGAGCCAGUGUGGUGAUCUGCCUGGUGACCGAGUGGGACUGUAAAUUGGGAAGAAAGGCUGGCGGCGGACAACAAUGGCUUUCCUCGCUCUCUCGUCUCUCCGCCCAAGGCUGACUUUUGUGGCGCUCCUGUGCACCCUCAUCCUCGCCACUAAUCCGAGCAGGAGCCAGGUGACUGCUCAGGAGACAAAUUCGACGGGGCAUUGCAUUUGGUAUGGUGUGUGCCAUGAAGAUAAUAUGACGCAUCACAAGCAAUACUGCCCGUAUGAUGGUCCGCCGAAGAAGUUGGACAGCAAGGGCCUGGAGUCGCUGGCCAAGUGGUGUGGUCACCUAAUGCAAGACGAAGGAACCUCAACGUGCUGUGAUGUAGAUAUGAUUGAUACACUCAACAAAAAUGUGGAAUUGGCUGCCAAUUUCUUAAAGAGAUGUCCGUCCUGUAUGGCGAAUCUGGUGAAGCAUAUGUGUGAUUUUACGUGUAGCAGAACACAAUCUGAAUUCAUGAAUGUGAUCAGCACGGAAAAAGGUGACAAAGGGGAAUACAUAACAGAAAUUGAUCUUCACAUAACAGAACAAUAUUUGAAUGGCACCUACAGUUCCUGUUCACAAGUUUCUGUUCCGUCGACGGGACAAUUGGCGCUGGAUUUGAUGUGUGGCGAAUAUGGAGCAUCGCGAUGCAGUGCCAAGAAGUGGUUUCACUAUAUGGGCGAUCAGGAGGGCAACAGCUAUGUUCCCUUCCAGAUCAACUACAUUUCGCAGGCUGACAAUCGAACGGUGAAUGGAUUCACACCACUCAAUCCACUCAUUGUGCCCUGCAAUAGGCCAUUGAAUGACAAAACGCCGGCAUGCUCGUGUGUAGAUUGCGAGGAUUCGUGCCCCAAACCACCACCGACCCCACCAAAGCCGGAGCCAUUGAAUGUCCUGGGAUUGGAUGCUUAUGCCUUAGUUAUGCUGAUUGUCUUUGUCCUCGGGACGGGACUGUUUCUCAUCGGCGUGUGUCUCUUCCCAUCGCGACCAGAGGGUGUGGUGUUGCGUGGUGAAGGCAGUUCUAGUGAUCUACGUUCUAGUAUUGGACGUCGUUUGGCUGGCGGACACUCAAGUGGUGAAUUGGCGACUGAUCGUGAAGAUUCUCCCCUUCAAUCUAAAAGAUCGAGUGGCACGUGGGAAAACGAACAGGAGCUCCGUGUUCAUCCGGCCACAGUGACCACAUUUGGGGAUGAGGAGUCGGGAUAUUUUGAGAAAUUGGGCGCCAAGACGGAGAACUUCUUGGAAAUGUUCUUCACAAAGUGGGGAUACUUUUGUGCUUCGUAUCCGUGGCUGAUUCUCUUCCUUGGUUUCUGUUUUGUCGUCGCCAUGGGACAUGGCAUUAAAAUGCUCAUCAUCACAACGGAUCCCGUGGAGUUGUGGGCAUCGCCAACGUCACGUUCGCGAGUUGAGCGAGAAUACUAUGACAAGGAGUUCGAGCCAUUCUAUCGAAUUGAGCAAAUAAUCAUCAAUGCGGCAAAUCUCCCAAGUAUUGUGCAUAAUACAUCAAAUGGACCAAUAGAAUUUGGUCCGGCGUUCAAUAAGCAAUUCCUGCUGGAUGUGUUUGAGCUGCAAGAGUCCAUAAAACAACUGGGAAAGGACAGUGGAGUGACACUUGACAAAAUCUGCAAUGCUCCGCUGAGUUCGGAAUUUCGUGGUCCUGUUGUCACGUCGGAUUGUGUGAUUCAGUCACUCUGGGGAUACUUUCAAGAUGAUAUGGACACUUUUGAGUCGACUGACGAUGACAAUGGCUUUGAGAUAAACUACCUGGAUCACUUGACAAAGUGCUUUGGCAAUGCCUACAAUCCCGAGUGUUUGGCACCUUAUGGCGGUCCAGUGGAUCCUGCUAUUGCUCUGGGUGGCUUCCUAAAGCCAGGAGAAGUGCUCUCAGGUCAACCACACUAUGAGCGUGCCAACACGGUGAUUCUCACGUUUGUGGUGAAUAACUAUCACAACAAAUCCAGAUUGCUGCCGGCUCUCGAGUGGGAGGAGAAUUAUGUGAAGUUUAUGCAGGAUUGGGUGAAGGGUAACAAGACGAACAUGAAUAUUGCCUUCACGUCUGAGCGGUCCAUUCAAGAUGAACUGAAGCGUGAAUCUCAGUCUGAUGUGUCUACCAUCCUCGUGUCCUACAUCAUCAUGUUUGCGUAUAUUGCAAUCUCUCUUGGGCAUGUGGAGGAGUUCAGCAGAAUUCUCAUUGAUAGCAAAAUAACGCUCGGACUUGGCGGUGUGGUCAUUGUCCUGGCGUCUGUGGUGUCAUCUGUUGGCCUGUUUGGAUUCAUUGGCGUGCCAGCCACAUUAAUCAUUGUAGAGGUGAUUCCAUUCCUAGUGCUGGCAGUUGGUGUGGAUAAUAUCUUCAUCAUGGUGCAAACACACCAGCGCGAUCCAAAGAAGCCCAAUGAGACGAAUGCUGAGCACAUUGGCAGGACUCUGGGCAAAGUGGGACCGUCAAUUCUGCUGACGUCCGUGAGUGAGAGUUGCUGCUUCUUCCUCGGCGGCCUCUCGGACAUGCCAGCCGUGCGGGCGUUUGCUCUCUACGCCGGAAUGGCGCUCCUCAUUGACUUCCUCCUGCAAGUGACAUGCUUCGUGAGUCUCCUCUCGCUGGACGCUGUGCGUCAGGCGGAGAAUCGCUUUGACAUCUUCUGCUUCGCGCGCGGAAAGAAGACCGACGCUCCAGCGAAUGUUGAGGGUGUUCUGUACAAGUUCUUCAAAGUACUCUAUGUGCCUUUCCUCAUGCAACGCAAAGUGCGCAUUGGUGUCAUGAUCAUCUUCUUCGGAUGGCUGUGCGCCAGUAUUUCUGUAGCGCCGCACAUUGACGUGGGACUGGAUCAGGAGCUCUCAAUGCCUGAGGACAGCUUUGUGCUGAACUACUUCAAAUUCCUACAGCAGUACCUCAGCAUUGGGCCGCCGAUGUACUUUGUCCUCAAGGCUGGCCUCAAUUUCUCAAGUACAACCCAUCAAAAUUUGAUAUGCGGUGGACAAUUCUGCAACAUUGACAGCAUGUCUACGCAAAUCUACAUUGCCAGCAAGACACCGGAGACGUCGUACAUCGCCAGGCCAGCGUCCAGUUGGCUUGAUGACUACUUCGACUGGUCAGCGUCGCCGUCGUGCUGUCGAUCCUUCCCCAACAAUGGAAGCUUCUGUCCUCACUCAUCAUACGGUUGCCAAUCAUGCCAAAUCGUCAUGGAUCCAGAUCUGCAUCGUCCCAAUGCGACAGGUUUCAGCAAGUAUUUGCCAUUUUUCUUGCAAGACAAUCCGGAUGAUGUGUGCGCCAAGGCGGGUCACGCGGCGUACGGCCACGCUGUGAAUUAUGCCUAUAGCAAGCGAUACAGGCAAACUCAGGUGGGCUCGUCGUACUUUAUGGCGUACCACACGAUCCUGAAGAGCUCCUCGGACUACUACGAAGCGAUGCGAGUGGCUAGGAAGAUCUCGCACAAUAUCACUUCGACAAUUCAUGCAAAGUUGCGACUUCAGGGCAAAGAUGAGGCGUACAUAGCGCAGAUUGAGGUGUUCCCCUACUCAGUCUUCUAUGUGUUCUACGAGCAGUACCUGACUAUGUGGCCGGACACCCUGAAGAGCAUGGGAAUAUCCGUGCUGGCCAUCUUCAUUGUCACUUUUCUGCUAAUGGGCUUCGACAUUCACUCAUCCCUCAUUGUGGUGAUCACAAUAACGAUGAUUGUCAUCAACCUCGGCGGCCUUAUGUACAUGUGGAACAUCUCACUGAACGCCGUGUCGCUGGUGAAUCUUGUGAUGGCAGUGGGAAUUGCCGUGGAGUUCUGUUCGCAUCUUGUGCACUGCUUCUCCGUAUCGAUGGAGCAGAAUCGCGAGAGGAGAGCCGCCGAUGCCUUAACCAAAUUGGGCAGCUCAGUCUUCUCGGGCAUCACACUCACGAAAUUUGCGGGAAUUCUGGUGUUGGCCUUCGCCAAGAGUCAAAUAUUCCAAGUGUUCUACUUCCGGAUGUACUUGGGCAUUGUGCUGUUUGGAGCUGCUCAUGGACUCAUCUUUCUGCCAGUUCUGCUGAGUUAUGUUGGCGUGAUGUAUAGAAAACGACGUUCCGACGUCACCACCGCCUCAUCCGCCACCCCAAAUCCAGGAACACCGACGCAUUCUGUCUCGCCUCUUCUGUCAUCGCAUCCCACCUACGGAUCUGUAAAUUCCAUCGAUGAGCAACCAAUUCCGGGCACCAGUGGCAUCAACACGGUGUCCGGCAGUGCGAGUGUCCAGGACGCUGGCACGUACAGGCCCAUCGACAUCUCGUGAGGCGUUCAUUUUCAGGGAGAAUUUGUGAGCAAGACAAAAUGAAAUGAAUCUGAUUGUAGGGAAAAUCACCUCGAUUACUGAUAGUUAAUUUUUUUUGUUGUUGAUGUGUUGUGGGCGUGAUAGACAACAUAACCAGUCAGGCAGAAGAGACAUAGAAGCAUAAACCAGUAUUUUUUUCUAUAUUCAUAUACAUAACUAAAAGGAGGAUGAUUAUAAAAAUUGAUAUACUUUCUAAGAGACAUUGUGAAAAAAAAAAACAGAGAACAAUCAGCCCAAAAAUUGUAUAUUAUCUGUAUAAGAGCUGAAGAGAAAAGGAGUCUUGGAAUUGGUAAACAAAAAAUGGGUGUUGAAGAAAGAGAUAUUUUUCCUAAUUAGACGAUAAAAUGCUGUUGUAUAAAAUGAUAAAGAGAAAAUUCAUUGUAAUCAAAGAAAAAAUGUGAACUCAAAAUGCCUAGAAUUUCUUUUAUAUCGACUUUCUUGUACAGCAAAGGAACAUUUUUAACAGUUAAUGAAAAAAAAAAUAGGAAGAAUUGAAAAAAAUGUAGGAAAAAGAAAUUGUUAAAUGUGUGGCAAUUCCAUGGAUUUUUCGUACUUAGAAAAUAGAACCUUGAAGCAUUUCAUGAGAAUCACACGGGGUCAAAUUGCAUGAAUGGAGAGUAAUUGGCGCGUGGGCGGGGAAUGAAAAGAAUCACUCUCUGUGUUCUUUUUGUACUUAGACGACACACAAUAACAGCAACGAUACACUGAAAAGGAAGUAAAAGUGGAUAACAAUAGGUGAUAAGAGUGGCUCUCAAGGGUAUUUUUAUGAGUUUUUCUUAUACAAUCACGAAAUAUAAGCCAUAAUCCAAAUGUAUUUUUCUCAAGUUGUACACACAUUUCCAUUCGCCGUCCUCCAGAUGUUAAAACUUGUAACACUUGGACUGUCUGUAAUAAACUAUUAAAAUAUGGAGAGUAAUAUGUAAAAUGCCUAGAUAAAAAAAAUCCAUGGAAGCAGCGCAAUAGAAUAUUUAUCUAAAACACUGACUAUGUUGUUCGUGUCAAAUGCCAAGAAUUUAUUUCAUUCUCUCUACCGUAUAGAAUAAUAAGCACUGAAUUGACUCUAUAGCUUGCAAUUUUCCUCUAUACACACAUAUAUAUUGCAUCAAUUUUCGAGGGUGUUUCACUGUGAUUUUCACAACAGAAAGUAAUCGUAUUAUUUACUCACUAUCAGGAAAAUCUACGUGGACCAUUAUUUCAUAUAUAUAUGAGAAUGUAUAUAAAUGAAAAAGAAAAAACAAAAGACCAUGACUAAAAGAAGAAAAAAAAACAA